GACCAUUUUACGUCAUUGCUUCGCUCAAUCAGCACCUCGUGAACGCGAGUCCGUCGGAACACAAGGCUUCGGUUGGGGAGACAACUCGAAAGAGGGUUGUGCUUGUUUGGGAUUGUUUCUAGCUGUUCGUCAAAGAACAAUUCAUACUGGAGUGCUACAGGGUCCUUUUUUGAGGGGCAUCUUUUUCUCCCUCACCCCUUUUCCUACUUUACAAACAAUUUUUUUUAAAUGUAUUUUGGUGCUGUGACUCAGAGAGCAUUGUCAUCUGAGUCUGAGCACAACUACGUCAAUGAUUUGGGGUUUGCCGGCGCCCACUGACGGACAGAAAGGCCCUGUAGAUUUCACAGCACACAGAGAGGAAACAUGAGCACAACCAAGCCCAGCGGACUCAAAGCGCCCAGCAAGAUGGGUAGGUCAACGGGGGCGCCAGCCACCAAGACCACCCCCUCCGCUGCCGGAUCCAAAGUAGCUGCAGCGGACAAGUCCACUCCAGGAGGCGGUGCAGCUGGGACACAAGAUGGCGGGGAGAACUUUCAGGUUGGGGAGCGAGUGUGGGUGAAUGGGAACAAACCUGGCGUGGUACAGUUCCUGGGGGAGGCUCAGUUUGCACCAGGACAGUGGGCUGGCAUAGUGUUGGAUGAGCCCAUUGGGAAGAACGAUGGCUCGGUGGCAGGGGUGCGCUAUUUCCAGUGCGAGGCCCUGAAAGGGAUAUUCACCCGCCCCUCCAAGCUGUCCUACACAGAGGGCGAGGCCAAUGGGACUCAGACAGCACCUUCGUCCCGGGCUGGGUCGCCCACCCCCUCCACCGCCAGCCUGGCCUCUCACACCCCCUCUGUCAAAAAAGCCUCAACUGCAACGCCUGCCACUCCAGCCUCCAACCUGGCACGCACAAACAGUGAGUCCGUCUCCAACCUCUCAGACACCAGCUCGGUCAAGAAAGGGGAGAGGGAGCUGAAGAAUGGAGACCGCGUUUUGGUUGGUGGCACAAAAGCUGGUGUGGUUCGCUUUCUUGGUGAAACAGACUUUGCCAAGGGAGAGUGGUGUGGUGUGGAACUAGAUGAGCCCCUGGGAAAGAACGAUGGGGCAGUGGCAGGAACCAGAUACUUUCAAUGCCAACCCAAGUAUGGCCUGUUUGCCCCAGUCCACAAGGUCACGCGUAUUGGCUUCCCCUCCACCACGCCGGCCAAGGCAAAGACCAUGGUGCGGAAGUUGGUGGCCACGCCCUCGGGCCUGAAGCGCAGCCCCAGCGCCUCCUCCAUCAGCUCCAUGAGCUCUGUGGCCUCCUCUGUCAGUGCCAAGCCCAGCCGCACAGGCCUGCUGACAGAAACAUCAUCACGGUACUCGAGAAAGAUCUCUGGCACCACAGCAGUUCAGGAGGUGCUGAAGGAGAAGCAGCAGCACAUCGAGCAGCUGAUGGCGGAGCGUGACAUGGAGAGGGCAGAGGUGGCCAAGGCAACCACCCAUGUGGGCGAGGUGGAGCAGGAACUGACCCUGCUGAGAGAGGACCAGGAGCAGAUGGAGGCCAAGAUGGACCAAUUACGCACCCUGGUGGAGGCUGCUGACAAGGAGAAGGUUGAGCUGCUCAAUCAGCUGGAGGAGGAGAAGAGGAAAGUGGAGGACCUCCAGUUCCGUGUGGAGGAAGCUUGCAUUACCAAAGGAGACCUGGAGACGCAGACCAAACUGGAGCAUGCCCACAUUAAGGAGCUUGAACAGAGCCUGCUCUUUGAAAAGACCAAAGCUGAGAAACUCCAGAGAGAGUUAGAAGACACUAGGGUGGCCACGGUGUCAGAGAAGUCCCGCAUCAUCGAACUGGAGAGGGACUUGGUGCUGAGGACCAGGGAGGUGGCUGACCUGCGGCUGCGUCUGGAGGUCCAGCAAAGCUCGGAGGGCUCAGACUCCACCACUUCCCCUCUCCUGGAAGAAGUGAGCUCUCUGAGGGCUCAGCUGGCCUCUCAAGAAGACCAGCAACAGGUUGAGCUGGCUGGGCUGAAGGAGAUGCUGGCAGCGGAGGAGAAGGCCCACAGUGAGGCAGUGUCUCAGUUCCAAGUCUCAUCCACCAAGGUCUCCACAGACAACGAGCAGUUGAAGCUGCGCCUCAGUCAGAACGAGAAGGAGAAUGCAGACGUCAUAGAGCUGUGGCGCUGCAAGCUGGAAUCUGCCAUCGCCUCACACCAGCAGGCCACGGAGGAGCUGAAGGUGUCCUUCAGUAAAGGGGCUGGUUCCCAGACGACAGAGCUGGUGGAGACCAAGAGUGCCCUGGAGAGGCUGAAGGUGGAGUACAAGCAGGCACUGGAGGAGGCGGGAGCCAGGUGUGAGGCAGAGGCUGCAGCCCGGGCACGGGAGACAGGGGAGCUCAACAAACAGCUGCUGGUCGUGUCGGAGGAGAAGGAGUGCCUGGAGGAGAGCCUGCGGUCCAGUGUGGAGAGUGCUGAGGAGCAGCACCUGGUGGAGAUGGAGGACGUGCUGGGCAAACUGCACACUGCUGAGCUGAAGGUAAACGAGCUGGAGGAGCAUGAAGCUAAGCUUGUCCAGCAGACCCAGGACCGUGCCAAGGAGGUCCAGGAGCAGGUGGCAGCUAUGGAGGUCCUGCAGUCCCAGGCAGGCCAAGGUAACCAAGCUCUCCAGAACCUGAGGACCCAGCUGGAGGAGGCCCAGAGCCAAGCUCGCUCACAGGGCAACAGGGUCAGGGAGUUGAACUCUGAGCUGGAGGGUAAGCAGCAGGAGCUCCUCUCCUUGCAGCAGAGCCUAACCUCUGUGCUGCAAGACAAGGUCUCCUUGGAGCAAGAGCUGGGCAACCUGAAACAAAAACUGUCAGAAAGCACAGACAAUCAGGCUCAGUCGACACAAACUAUGCAAGGGCUGGAAAGGAAGCUAAAGGCUGGAGAGGAGAGGCUUGAUCAGCUCGCAAACGAAAAGUCCAAGCUCCAAAGUGACAUCUCAGACAUGAUGAAGUCAUCAGGCGACAGUUCAGCACAGCUUACCAAAAUGAAUGAAGACAUCACUCAGAAAAAAAGGAGUCUGGAAGAGUUACAGACCCAACUCGCAGAGGAGAAGGAGCGGGCUGCAUGUUCUGAGGAGCAACAACAGCAGGAAGUUGCCCAGAAGGAGCAGGAGCUGAAGGCUGCCAGAGACGAGCAUCAGGGCCAGCUAAGCAACCUGCAGGGGAAAAUCACACAACUGGAGAAGAGUUUGCAGCAGUGUGAGGCCCAGGCCAAGGAUCUUCAGACCUCCCAGCAGAAGGCCCUGUCUGAGGCCUCAGAGUACCAUGCCAAGCAGCUCCAGGAGCUGCAGGGUCAGGCUGACAAGACCAAGCAGGAGCUGAGUGUCUCCAGGAAGAAGGCCCAGGAACUGGAGAGGCUGGUGACCGAGCUGCAGCCUUACAAAGAGAAGGCUCAGUUUCUUUCUGGUGAGCUCGACUACUCCGGGCAGCAUAUUGAGAGAUUGUCCACAGACCUGGAGAAGCAAAUCUCAGUGCUGUCGCACAUGUCUAAGGAAAGCUCAGAUCUAAAAGCUCAGGAAGGAAGUCUCAAAAAUCAACUCUCUGAACUCGAGGCCAAGCUCUCAGCCUCGGAGGCUUGUCACCAGGAGCUCUCAGGUAAGACUGAAGAACUUCUGACACUGAGGGACAAACUCACAAAAGAGCAGGAGGAACUUUGGACCACCAACCGGAAGCUAGAUGGAGAGAAUGCCUCACUAUCCAGAGAGGUGGAGAAGCUUAGAGUUGCUGUUGAGGAGGCACAGGCCAAUAACAAAUCCCUCAGUCAAUCUGAAGCGGAGCGUCAGUCCCAAAUUGAGGAGCUUCAAAAGACAAAUGCAGAGAAGCAUGAGCUCCUUUUGAAGUACCAACAGGAGAUCCUGCAGCAAGAAAAUAAGAGGAAGCAGCUAGCAGAGGUCUAUGAGAAGACCUGUGAGGAGAGGAACGAGCUCCAGCAAAGCAGGGAGAAGCUGACCUCUGAGAAGGAUAGCCUUUUGUUGGAGAGGGAUGCAGCCAGAAAUGCUAAGAAAUCCCUUGAUGUAAAGAAUGUGGAAUUGCAGGCAAGGUGUCAGUCUUUAAGCUUGGAAAAAGAAGACUUCUAUCUGAAAAACACUCAGCUGCAGGCACAGACAGAGACCUUGGGCAAAGAUAAAGUGGAGAUGUUUACUCAAAUUAAUGCUGCCAUAUUUGACAAAGAGGCCCUCCAAGCCUUGAAUGCAGAGCUUCAAAAUCAGCUGAAUAUCACUAAGAAGGAUCUUGAGAAGUCUGUCCGUGACAAGGUUGAGCUACAUGCUUCAAAAAUGAGCCUGGCCAAAAUGCUGGACCAGUCCAAGACCAGCAGUGAGGUUACCGACUCUGAGAGGCUUCACCUCCUGCAGGAGAAAGAGGACCUGCUUGCUACCCAGCGAAAGGUGUGUUCUGAGAAAGAUGAACUUAUCAAGGAGAGAGAAGAGUUAAAGGAGAAGCUCAGACUUUCUACAGAGGAAGUGGCAACCUCUAAGGAGAAAGUUAAAGAGCUGUUGUCAUCUUUUGGCGAGGAGAAGGAAGCACUUUGUCUCCAGAAUGCAGAAACUGAGAAGGCGCUACACAACAUACGCAAAGAGAAGAUGGCUAUAGAAUUAACACUGGAAAAGCAGAACAUGGAGAGUGACUGUUGGGUACAUGAAAAGGAAGAGCUGGAAGAAAAGCACACACAGGAGGUCUCUGAAAAGUGUACUCUAACAAAAGAGCGUGACAAGCUAGCAGGUGAGAUCUGCAGUAUGAAGGACCAGUUGGACAGCUCCACUAAGGCCAAUGAUGACCUGAAGCAAGCCAAUUCCAACCUCACGUCCUUGCUGGAGGAAUUAAAACAGAAGAUAGAAAAGGUGGAGGCUGAGGGAGCUUCCUUGAAAAAAGAAAAGGUUGAUCUACAGGCACAGCUUCAGAAGCUUUGCUCAGAGAGGGAGGCCCUUGAAAAAAGCAAAACUGAACUUGCAGAGGUGCAUCAUGAACUAAAAGGCAACUCUGAACAGAUGCGUUUGGAACUCAUUAAGAAGAACGAUACCCUAACAAAAAAGCAGGAUCUCCUGCUUUCGCAGCAGACGGAGCUAAACAAGAGCCUACAGAAGGACAAAGAGGAUCUGCUUCUGCAGGUCCAGGAGUUCAAAGGUCAAACGCAAUCACUUUCAAAGGCAAAAAUGCUUCUUGAAUUGCAGCAGCAGACUGAAGCAAGUGACCGAAGUAAACUGUCCUCUGCAAAGGAUGACCUCUCCAGAGAGAGAGAGGACUUACAGACACAGUUGUUCACUCUGACACAGGAGAAGAUUACUCUCCUGCAGUCUGAAUCCAGCCUGAAGGCAGAGGUUGCCUCUGUUUGUGUUGAAAGAGACACAAUGGCCUCUGAGAGAAAUAGUUUGCGUAGUGAUUUAGGGCAACUUAAGACGACCCACACUGGCUUGUUAGGUGAGAGACGGGGUCUUCUUGAGGAGAAUGUCCAGAUGCAAGUCAAAGUGCAGGACCUCACUCAACAAUCUGUUACCAGAGAGAAGGCCAUGGAUGAGUUGUCUGCCAACCUUAAGGAUAUUGGAGUGGAGAGAAAAGCCUUGGCUGGGGAGGUUGAGAACUUAAAGGCACAGCUGAAGGAGAGGGACCAGGAAAAGGGUGACUUGGCUGGAGACCAAAUAUGCCUGUCUGCCAAGCUGGAGAAGCUUGUCAACGAGGUCUCCUCCCUGGCUAAGGAGAAGGUAGACCUCCUAGCUGUACAGUCCCGCCUGGAGCAAGACCUUUCCUCCCUCCACAGCAGCCAAGAGAGUAGGGAUGGGGAACACUCAAGGAUCAUGGGGGAGGUAGAGAAGCUGCAAGUUACCCAGACACAGCUUGAAGCAGAUGCCCAGACCCUACGUGCUGAGAAGUCAGUGAUGGAGGGACAGCACAAAGCCUCUGUGAAGGAGGCAUCUGUAUCUUCCAAGGUCAGAGAAGAAAUGGCCACCAACCUGGAAGACCUGAAGGUCCAGAAGGAUGCCUUGCUCAAGGAGAGGAACAAAGCUACCCAGCAGGUCACCCAGCUUGAGGCUCAACUAAAAAAUGCUAUUUCCAAGCAGCUUGAGGCAGCGGAGUCCUCAGGGAAGACUGCUGAGGUCGUGGAGUUGCUGACACAAGAGAAGGGCCUUCUGCAGCAGGAGAAGAUUGAGGCCCAGUCUCUGCUGGAGGAGUUCAGGCGUGCCAAGCAGGAGAUGACCAAUCAGCUGGAUUCCUUGAAGCAACAGAAUUCCAAAUACAAAAAGGAGCUCAACCUUUCUAAAGAGCAACUCAGCUCAGAGAACCAGAAAAUCAGCGGCCUGUGCCAGGAGAUUAAUAACCUGAAGCAGGCUACCUCUGUGAAGUCCCAGUCCCUGGUGGCCUUACAGGAGGAGAACAACAAGCUGACCAAGGAGCUUGGCAGCAGCAAGAAGGAGACCAGUGGCCAGCAGAAGCUGGAAGCUCAGCAGUCCAAGCUCAAUAAACAGUUGCAAGAAAUGAAGCAGAGAGAGAACACAAUGAAGAAAAAGUUAGAUGAGGAGAAAGCCUUCCUCCAGAAAUCCAUCCAUAAAAGCAGCGCCUUGAUCUCUGAGAAGGAUCAGGAGCUGGAGACCCUGAUGAGUGAGUUAUCAGUGCUGCGUGGGGAGAGCGCCAUAGCGAAGACACUGAAGUUUACUAUCCAGUUACUGGAGAAGGACAAGGCACAGCUGCAGGAGCAUGUUCAGAGCCUGGAGAAGAGUCUUUCAGGAGGACAGGAAACUGUUACCAGCUCCUCAGGUGACACAGCUCUGGAUCAACUAAGGGAGAACAAGGAGACUGCAGAAAGCCAGGCAGCGAUUGAGUUCCUGAACUCGGUUAUCGUGGACCUGCAGAAGAAGAAUGAGGAACUUAAGGGCAAGCUGGAGAAGAUGGCAGAGGCUGCCCUCAAUGGGAAUAAUGCAAGCGAGCUUGACAACUAUGACGGCAGUUUUAACAAAGGCCCCUCCAAAAAGAAGGUCCCACCAAGGCUCUUCUGUGACAUUUGUGACUGCUUCGACCUCCAUGAUACAGAAGACUGUCCCACUCAGAUGCAGAUGCCGGACUCCCCACCCCACACCACCUACCACGGCAGUAAGGAUGAGGAGAGGGCUUAUUGUGACAUCUGUGAGGCCUUUGGCCACUGGACUGACUCCUGUAACGAUGACCAGACCUUCUAAUCUAAAGCCUUCGAGAGCCAUCUUUGGCACAAUCUCAAAUUUUGCACAUAAAUCAAAUUCACAUGGAGUUCUCUACUGUAUGGGUUUGUCCACAUGUUUGUCUGUGGAGAAAGUGUCUUGCUCAAGUCCCUAAGCGCUCUUAUGGGAGAAGGUUUUCUCAAAACAACAAAUGUAAUUAUCCCAACCCACACUAUGUUCACAUCAUUUACUGGCUGGGAAAAGGGGCAGGAAUGCAUAUGUAUUGUGAUAAAAGGUUUUAAUUGGUAAUUGUAAAGGACUUGUCUUGAAAUAAAAUCCACGGUUUGUUUGUUGCUAUCCUCUUCAGUGUGCAUAAGAUGAGAGUCUAUAGUUUAUUUUUUUAAGCUUGAGCAUACUUUAUACUUUGAAAAAUGUUGCCUUGUCUGUGUGAUAAUUGUGUGGUGAAAGGUAUGCAGAGGAGCAUGGCUGGCUCCUGCUGCCUGGACGUGUUGGAACAGUGAAACCCAACACUGGUUGACUUUCAGUAAAAAAGACCUGACCUCGGCCGACUGGGACAGUGGGAUCGUGGUCAAGGUUGAAACUGCUAAACAAACCUAAAGGACUGCACACACUCUAUUUCUCCUCUGUUUAAAAUCCUUGGUUCUUUUUUAAGUGGCCUUUACAAGAACAUUUCUUAAUUAAAUUAUCAUUUAAGAGAAUAAAAUAUUGUAAACAGAUGGUAUACUGCUUAUGAAUUUCUGUACCUAACUUUUUGAAUGUUGAAUAUCUGUACAAAAAUCAAAUGAAAUUUAUGGAUGAAUUAAAGUUUUUUGCAGGA